CAUCGACUCGCCUCCUCCACUCCCUCCAGGCCCUCCAGUCCUCCACGACCACGGCUCCACCAUUUACCUCCGUUAAGCCCUCCGUGGCUCCCUAAAGCGGAAGAGCUAUGAAGUAAGAACUUGGUUGGAUUCCCAUUAUUUUCACUGGUUCUCCGCUCUCAGGUCAAGCUGUGCUAGAAAUGCUUGAUUCGGAUCAUUGGCUGGUGGAGUUUUGGGGGAGGGAAUGGAACUUCGUGGACAUGGUGUAGCCGUAACCCUUUCGUUUCAUAGGAAUCUCUCCCACAGAAGCUUCAAGCUUCCCAGAUGGCUUGAGUACUUCUUUGCCUAUUGUGGGGUUCUAUCACUUCAGAGAAGUCCACUUGAUUGGGUGAGCGUACACAGAUCCCACCAUCAGUUUACAGACACAGUGAAAGACCCUCAUAGUCCAGUUAGAGGAUUCUGGUUUAGUCAUAUUGGUUGGACACUCGAUUACCAUGGUCGAAAUGGAAAUUAUGGACCACGACUAAGUAAUGUUGGAGAUUUGAAAAGACAACCAUACUACAUAUUUCUUCAUUACACAUACCCUCUUCAUAAUACUGGUCUCGGAGUUCUAUUGUAUUUUAUCGGAGGAAUGCCGUUUUUGGUUUGGGGAAUGGGAGUGAGGACGGUACUCUUUCUCCAUGCAACAUUUGGAAUAAAUUCAAUUUGCCAUACAUGGGGACAACAAGUAUGGGAAACUGGUGAUUUAUCUAGAAACAAUUGGUUGAUUGGAUUGCUGGCACACGGAGAAGGUUGGCAUAACAAUCACCAUGCUUUCCAGCACUCAGCCCGCCACGGCUUGGAAUGGUGGCAAAUUGAUGUUACUUGGUAUGUCAUUAGAUUUCUUGAACUUGUGGGUUUGGCAACAGAUGUGAAGCUUCCAACUGAGACUCAGAAGAAACAAAGAGCUUUAAGCAACAAGAUGAUCCACCAGGGAAAGCAGCAGCAGCAGCUUGAAACAAAUGAAGUUCCAAAAUGGCAAGCUUUGAAAGACUAAGAUCACCAUGGGAUGGAUCUAUAUAUAAGUACUAGGUUUAAAGUAUGCUUGGAUUCUUGAAUUGUUAAGAUAUCGCGAUCAUGGUGUUUGUCUGCUUUGUUCUUUGUGAUAUGUAUGUCAACAAUAAUUAAUUUUGGUGAUAUUACUGUUAAUUUGUCUUUUGAGUGAGAGCAAUAUUACUGUUAUACAUGUGGGUAAUUUAUGAUGUGGAUAUCGUGUAAAAAGUGAAGCUGCUGUAAGGAAUAUUAUCCAUUUGAUGCAUAUGCCAAAUGUGAAUAAAGCUCGUCCUCAUGUUUUAUGUGC